AUGUAAACCCACAUUAAUAUAUUUUUCCACAUAUACGUGUUAUUUAGGGGAAAAUGCAAUCACCCAAUUUUCAUUUUCAUUUAGUUCUUUUAACACCAAGAAAAUAAAUUGACCAGUGCAUGAUGAUGUCAUCACGUGGUUCAGUCAGCGGGGUCAGAAUAUUGCAGGAGACAAACUGCUGUGCCAUGUAAUCAAUAAGUUCAAUCCAAGAGCUGAUGUGUGAUCACAAUCAGGAUCAGCUGAAGCUGACACCAUGCAGUUUAUAUUUGUGUCACCAGAGGGCGCCACAGCAUCACCUGAUGAGUCUUCCUGGUCCGGGACGUCCAUCAGUGUUUCUACAUUCAGGAAGCUCCAGGACAGAUGUCAGGGGGACGGCCUGGGGGCCGGAGGGUCCGGAGGGGCGGCCCAGAGCUCAGCCAAUGAGGCGCUGAGUGUGUCAUCAUGAAGAAGUGGUGGAGCUGCAGGCGUCGCUCUGCUGCUCAGACUGACGGAGAGUCGAACUACAGUCAACAUGAAGACUUCAGCUGUUUCUCUGCUGCUCGGUGUGUCCGUGCUGCUGCUGUCUGGACAGACUGUUUCUGCAGAUCCUCAGGUUAUUCUGGAGAUUCCUGCACUUCCUGUGGUGGCAGGAAGUGAUGUCACUCUGCGCUGUACAAGCAAAGAUCAGGUCGCACUCGAAGCCUUUUUCAUCAGGGAUGGUUCUAAACUUGGAUCUGGACCUGAAGGCCAGUUUACCAUCCGUAACGCCCAGCCGUCUGAUGAAGGUCUCUACUGGUGUUAUUUUGAUCAGACUGAAGAAUCUCCUCGGAGAUGGCUGAGCGUCAGAGAUCCUCAGGUUUCUCUGGAGAUUCCUGCACUUCCUGUGGUGGCAGGAAGUGAUGUCACUCUGCGCUGUACAAGCAAAGAUCAGGUCGCACUCGAAGCCUUUUUCAUCAGGGAUGGUUCUAGACUUGGAUCUGGACCUGAAGGCCAGUUUACCAUCCGUAACGUCCAGCCGUCUGAUGAAGGUCUCUACUGGUGUUAUUUUGAUCGGACUGAAGAAUCUCCUCGGAGACGGCUGAGCGUCAGAGGCCCUACUGCUCCUCCUCCACAUCCUUCUCCUUCUAUUCCUCCAUUGUCCUCCUCCCCUCUCACCUUUCCCCUCCUAACAGCUGGAGCAGCUGUGGGUUCUCUGGUUCUUCUGGUUCUGGUCCUGGUCGGGGUUCUUUGGCUCCGCAGGAACAAGACAGGAAACUGAAGACGAUCUUCUGGAUUUCAUCUUUUAUUUCACUGAUUUUUAUCUUUGAUAUUCAAUCUCUUUAUUUUACUGUAACUUGUUCUUAUCAGUGUUGCUUGUCUCUCUUCUGCCCCCCCGUCUGUAGUCCUCUGUGCCCCCUUCAGUCUGUAGUCCCCUGUGCCCCCCUUCAGUCUGCAGUCCUCUGUGCCCCCUUCAGUCUGUAGUCCCCUGUGCCCCCUUCAGUCUGUAGUCCCCUGUGCCCCCCUUCAGUCUGCAGUCCUCUGUGCCCCCUUCAGUCUGUAGUCCUCUGUGCCCCCCUUCAGUCUGCAGUCCCCUGUGCCCCCCUUCAGUCUGCAGUCCUCUGUGCCCCCUUCAGUCUGUAGUCCUCUGUGCCCCCCUUCAGUCUGUAGUCCCCUGUGCCCCCUUCAGUCUGUAGUCCUCUGUGCCCCCUUCAGUCUGUACUCCUCUGUGCCCCCCUUCAAUCUGUAGUCCUCUGUGCCCCCUUCAGUCUGUAGUCCUCUGUGCCCCCUUCAGUCUGUAGUCCUCUGUGCCCCCCUUCAGUCUGUAGUCCCCUGUGCCCCCUUCAGUCUGUAGUACCCUGUGCCCCCUUCAGUCUGUAGUCCCCUGUGCCCCCUUCAGUCUGUAGUCCUCUGUGCCCCCCUUCAGUCUGUAGUCCUCUGUGCCCCCUUCAGUCUGUACUCCUCUGUGCCCCCUUCAGUCUGUAGUCCUCUGUGCCCCCUUCAGUCUGUAGUCCCCUGUGCCCCCUUCAGUCUGUAGUCCUCUGUGCCCCCCUUCAGUCUGUAGUACCCUGUGCCCCCUUCAGUCUGUAGUCCUCUGUGCCCCCUUCAGUCUGUAGUCCUCUGUGCCCCCUUCAGUCUGUAGUCCUCUGUGCCCCCCUUCAGUCUGUAGUCCUCUGUGCCCCCCUUCAGUCUGUACUCCUCUGUGCACAGGACUGUGUUUGUUUAACCAGAAUAAAUAAAAAGCAUCAUCUACAUUUAAA